AUGGCGCUCCUUCAGCGGCUGUCUCGUUUCGUGCAGUCCGUGGUCCGAGGAACGCGACCUGAGGACGUCGAGAGGGCUUGGGAGACCACCAAGGCUCUGUGGGAGAAGUUCGGAUCCUCGAGCAACGAGGAGACCCAGGUCCCUGCAUUCCUUCGAAUUUCUAAUUCUCUCGCGCCGCCGCUAUCUCCUGGAACUCCCACCCUACACCACCGCCGCCACCAUCUCAGGCCUAUCCCACCGCCACCGACCCCGCCAUCUCCACGCACCCGCCACGCCGCUGCCACGCACCCGCAACCGCUGCCGUCUCAGCGGCUCGACUCCGCGGGAAGGGGUCCGUUGCGGCACCCGGCGUCCUCGCCGGGUCGUCGCCAGAUUCAGAUUGUUGCUUCCUAUGGCGCGGAGAAUCCAAUUUCAGCGGCCAGUAAACUUGACCAGUUGAGAAGUGAGCUUGUACAGAUAACCUUAGCCAAGACUGUUGAACAGAGGGACACACUGAUUGUGAAGAUUGUGGUGGACACUGAUAUGUACAUGGACAUGACAGGAUUUGUGAGGUUUAUGUCAAAGUAUCCUGAAGGACAUGCUUCUGCGACCAAGGGUGGCAAGAGCGAGACUUUUGCAGCUUCAGGAUUAGAUUACACUGAUAUUCCAAAUGCGCAGAUAAGAAAGGUUACUGCGAACCGCCUCUUAGCCUCUAAACAGACCAUCCCGCAUUACUACUUGACAGUUGACACACGCGUCGAUAAUCUUAUCAAGCUGCGAGGAGAACUGAACCCUCAGCAAGAAGCUUCUGGUGGAAAGAAGAUAUCUAUUAAUGACCUUGUUAUAAAGGCUGCAGCUUUGGCUCUUCGAAAGGUCCCCCAGUGUAACAGUUCUUGGAUGAAUGAUUUUAUCCGCCAAUACAACAAUGUGAACAUAAAUGUCGCUGUACAAACUGAGCAUGGAUUGUUUGUUCCAGUAGUUAGGGAUGCAGACAAGAAGGGACUUGGUACAAUCGGUGAGGAGGUGAAGCAGUUGGCUCAAAGAGCAAGAGAUAACAGCUUAAAACCACAAGAUUAUGAGGGUGGCACGUUCACAGUAUCAAACUUGGGAGGUCCUUUUGGAAUUAAACAAUUCUGUGCUAUCAUAAAUCCUCCCCAGUCAGCAAUCUUGGCCAUUGGUUCUGCUGAGAAGAGGGUGAUACCUGGCAGUGCGGAUGGUCAGUAUGAGUUUGGUUCCUACAUGUCAGUAACAAUGAGCUGUGAUCACAGGGUUAUUGAUGGUGCAAUUGGUGCGGAAUUCCUGAAAGCGUUCAAGGGCUACAUCGAGAACCCAACGACAAUGUUGCUGUAAAGUUAGGAGGAUGGAAACUAUUCUUGUCAAGUUCAUGAAUAAUGCACAGAAUGGUGCUGUCUCGUUUUUACAUAACCUCAGCAUGGUCUUGUGGGAUCCAGAAGAGGCCUGAACCAAGAGCACAGAUCCAACACAGGAUGACCUGAUUUUUGGACUGAAAUCUCAUUUGUUCGUUUUCCCUUCUGUUUCUCCCCGGAUUUGUGAUGCAAAGUAGGUUCGGUUUACAUACACUGUCUUGAGCUCAUUUUUGUGGGUUAUGUGCCACUGAGAAAAUCUUAGUAUAGGAGUUGCCAAUUUUCUAUAUAUAUACGCAAACUUAACCAAGAUGCUCAGCAAAUGGUUGGUAUAAAUAAGCCAUCCUGGAUGAAACAUCACCUUUUUGUUGUGUUUAGUGACGCAGCUGAACUGUAUUCUUUGGUGUUGUUGGAUGUGGCGAUUCUUUUCCUUCGGUUUGGGAUUCCAAACAAUGCAAGAAAUUGAAAUCUUCAA